AUGUUAUUAAGAAAAUUAGCAUUACUUUAUGAAUUCUGUUAAUAAUCUGCAAGACAAUGUUUUUAAUUUUUACAAUAAGAUCCUAUAGAAUAAUCAGGAUAGAUAUCUACUUAAUAUUAAUAAGCAAAUAAGGAUGAAUAGUAAUUGAAGAAAUAAUAAUUAUAAUAAGAUUAUGGAGAUUUGGAAGAUUAAGAUAAUGAUCAUGUAAGAAUGGAAAUUAUUAUAGCAUUUAAUAGAGCAAGAGAAUCCAUUUGAAAAAUUGAAACCUACAUUAAAUUUUCAAAACACGAUUCCACAAUAAAAUAAUAAUAUUAAUUCUAGAGUAGAGAAGGAAUAAAUAAAAUAUGAUGAAGAGAUGGUUGAUAUUCAUUAAAAUAGUAAUUGGAAUAAUCAUGAAUUUGAUUAAGAGAAUGAACAUAUUGAAUUAUGA